AUGUCGACAAACUCCUCUGAACGCACCGUAACCACCACCCCUCCACCACAAACAACUGGGAAUUCCCUUAACGCAGCGCAUCACUUUGUCUCAAUAAAAUUAAACAAUCGUAAUUUCUUGUUCUGGCGCACUCAGAAUAUCCCUUUUCUACGUGGCCAAGGCCUUUUAGGCUAUAUUGACGGCAGCCAUGUCUGCCCGCCAGCGUUCCUCCCUGAGACGACACAGGCAGCCGGCUCCGGCACCACCGCAGCCGCAUCUUCCGAAGUCAACCCGGCGCAUGCGGCGUGGGUUCAACAGGACCAGCUGAUCCUGUCUCUUCUGAUCUCGUCGUUAUCCGACGAGGUCAUGCCAUUGGCGGUUGGCCGGGAAACGUCACGCGAGGUAUGGCUCUCCAUCAAUGACUCGCUGGCGUCCUCCACACGAGCUAGGUGUCUCAAUCUGCUCGGUCAAUUUCAGACGCUCCGGCAAGGCAGCAUGUCGGCCUCGGAGUAUCUCGGGAAGGCAAAGAUGCUAGUCGAAGCCUUGUCCCUCGCUGGCCAUCGGCUCACGCUAGACGAACAGGUACUCUACGUAUUGAGGGGGCUUCGCCCGGAAUUCCAGGCCAUGGCGAGUGCUCUCACCGUGACCGGCACACCGGUGACGCUAUCUCAGCUCGGCGAUCUUCUGCAGGGCCAGGACUUCAUCCACGGAGAUGAGUUUGAGAUGGAGUCCGGGAAUGGCGCCCCGGUCGCCAUGUACGCUGGCCGUGGUGGCCAGUCGAAUGGGGGCGCCGGACGAGGUGGCUAA